AGAGAGAGAGAGAGAGCGUUCAACGCACUGAAUAAGCAGUCACUCCAGGAGUCACAUUGUUAUCCAUCACAUUUUUUUUUCAGGACAAGUGGAUAUUUAGAUGUGAGCAGUGUGCACAUAUUGACAGAUGAGAAUAUUUGGAACAAAAGCCUUGUGAGACAAGCUGAUUGAUUUUCUGUGGGUGGAUAUCAGUUUGUUGGCCAGCGUUCCACUCGAGAAACAAGAGUUGCCAUGGAAACUAUUUUGCUCUUUCUCUCUUCACUCCUGGUGUGUGUGGCUGCUGUAGCAGAUCCAAGUGCACAGGAUGGCAAGGAGAAAGUUGAAAACCCGUUUGUUUAUGACUACGAGAGCCUGAGGAUUGGGGGAUUGGUGUUGGCUGUGGUUCUGUUCACACUGGGCAUUCUUCUCAUUCUUAGUCGAAGAUGCCGCUGCAGUAUAAACCAGAAAGCCAGGGCCCCCGGAGAUGAGGAGAAACAGGAGGAGAACCUGAUUGUCUCCAAGGCUGCAGCGGUUGCCAAAGAGACUCCAGCAGAGAAUUGAGGCAUUUCUUCCGGACCGGACUACCUUCUGAAAUGAUGAUCAGUUUUAUUUAAUAUUAAACCACUAUAAUAAGAGUGAAGAAAUUGGUACUUAUGGUGACUGGCUAUAUGACAGGGUAAGAGGGGAGGUAUAUGUUCAGAGGUAUAAUAUGUACAUAAAUAUUGCCCUAAAGAAAAACCUUUAGCCUGUUGUGCUCCGUUGUGACUGUGCCAUUCCGUCAGUGCUCUUGUCUGUUCCUGUGCCUUUCUGUGACUUCCUAUUGUCUUUUAAUAUAGUUCUUUGUCUUAGACAGUAGCACCUCUGACACAAGAUUGUCUUUGAAGCCCUAGAAGAAUUUGUAAUGUUGUGUGGUCCGCUGUUCUUCGUUUUGAACUUCUAUCUAUUGCCCUUAGGUUUUAGGAUUUGUCGAUUUGUUGUUUAUUUUGUCAAUUGUCCUGGAUAAUGUUUGUCACAUUUGGAUUGUAACACAUAUGCAUAUAUAAUCUAUACAUAUAUAAGGAUAAUAUAUACAAAUAUAAAUGGUUUACAGAUAAGAUAUAUAGUUAAAUAUCCUUCAUUUAGGUCUAUGUUUGAAUGGUUGGGUGUAUUUGCGUGCACAUGUGGGUAUAUAUGUGUGUGCAUAUCCGAUAUAUAUGUAUGAUUGUGUGUAUAUCACAAGUGCAUGUGUAUCUCUACAUGUAAAUGUGAUGAGCCUUAUAUAAGACAAUCUCAGCUGCCACAGCUCUUUGACCGAGCACAGGAAUAGUUUGCAGGUAUCUGCAUGAGCUCCUCCACCGCAGUGUUUUACCAUCUAUAGUGGAAGGAGCUCCUGCAUCAGCUGUCUCACUGCCUUCUUCCCCACACAUCCACUCCACUGCACAGUCACUGGCGCCGCCAGAAUUAACAAGUCUCCAGCAGACUGUGAUUAGUUUCUCCAUACACACUCACUAGUGCCGCAAAACUAUGAACGCUGGAUCUCUUUCUUUUUUUAUCUUUCUUUGAUUUUUUAAAUUUAAUUGCUAAGUCAGUCUCUCUAAUGUUACAAUGCUUUAAGUGGCCAUAAAUGAAGUAAAUUUCUGAAUAAGAGAGACAAAGUUUGAGUGAUGACCUUGAAAGAAGUGAAACCUAAAAUUGAUAUUAUUUAUGUGCAAGACUACGUUAAUAGUAGCCUAAUGUAAGCCAAAUGAUAGCAAGAGAACAAAUGAACAGUCCAUGUUGUGAAUCCCACUCCAGGUCAGGCUGUCACCAGUCUUCUGUCAAUCUGUUUUAAAGACGGCCGCUGUACAAAUAAAUGCUAUUUAUUCUACGCAUGAGGCCUUGUUGUGUAGCAACAUGUUGUGCUUUUGACAUAAAUGAAUAAAAGUAUGUCUGACCACACA